AUUCGGUCGAACUUGACCACCUGCCAGAACUGGUUUAGAUACACAAAAUCUUAAGUGGAACAGAAACCGGUUUCAAAACGAUCAUGGUGGAUCAUGUUUGUGACAGAAGCGAAUGAUUGUCGGAAGGCAAACAACAAAUAACUGUUCUCAUCAAUGCAGAGCUGAACGUUAAUGACGUUUGUGAUUUUUAUAUUAACACUCAUCAGGUGUUUACCAUGUGGAGGUCCAAGCUUUGGAGACCUGUGUUAACCACUGGACUAAAGAAAUCGCUACGGUCUGCACUGCAGGCAGCACCAUGUUGUCAGCGGUCUUGUUUACACAGUUCAGUAAACAAGUUAAGGAGACCACUGACUCUCCAAAGGAGUGUAACAUUCUGGAGUGACCUUAGACAUGGGCAGCAGUGUUGGACAUUUGUGGUGCCACUGCAGUUGCCAUUGGUUGCAUCUAAAUCUGGCUUUGUGAUUCCAACUGCACAGAUACAUUUUACAUCUUGGGAGUUUGCCAGAAAAAAGACUUAUUCCAAUUUCGGUCAUAAGACUAAACCAGUGUCAAAGCUUUCAAUGGUAUAUGGCACUUUUCUUGGAGUUGCAUUGGUCCUGUUUUUUGGAUUUGAUAUUUUUUCCUUAAUUGCUGAAUGGCUUAGAGUGGAUGCUGCCUCACCUGAGGUUGAAGGUCAGAAUGAGAGUAUCAUGAAGGAUAAAGAAAACGAAAAUCCAAAGAAGAAAAAACAAAGAAUUGGAUUUCGGGAUCGAAAGAUCAUUGGAUACGAGGACCGCAUUCGAGCGUACUCCACGCCCGACAAGGUUUUCCGCUAUUUUGCCACUUUGAAGGUUCAUCAGCAGAAUGGAGAGUGGGAGGUAUUCAUGACUCCCGAAGAUUUUGUCAGGUCCAUCACUCCAGGUUUGAAACAACCAGAAGGUCUUGGUCUAGAUCAGUUCAGGAAAUUUGAUCCCAAGGUUUCCAAGGUGGAGUGUUUAACGGAUUUCAAAGACUGUUCCAAUUUAAAGGAGUCGUUUCAUGUGAACGAGGACAGUAUGUUUUACAAGCUGGGCCAGAGUGGACUUAUCUCGUUCUCCGACUACAUAUUCCUGCUCACACUGCUGUCCACCCCUCCUCGCAACUUUGAGAUUGCAUUCAGAAUGUUUGAUAUAAAUGGUGAUGGUGAAGUCGACAUUGAAGAGUUCAAAAGGGUUCAGAAUAUUGCCCAGAGUCAGACGAGCGUCGGGAUGCGACAUCGUAACCAUUCUAACACGGGAAGUGUUCAGAAAUUUGUCAGCUCGGCUCUUCUCACUUUUUUUUUCGGCGAGGAUGGAACGAAAAAAUUAACAGCCGACGAAUUUCUUGAGUUUCAGAGACAGCUACAGACAGAGAUUCUGAGAAUAGAGUUUGACCGUUCUGCUAGAGAAGAUGGCCGGGUGUCGGAGAAAGACUUCGGGAGUGUCAUCCUCACAUACGCGGGUCUUGUGGAGACCAAGAGGCUGAGGAUGUUGAAACGAGUGAAAAGAAAGUUCCACAACAUGUCAAAGGGCGUGACGUUUGAUGAGUAUGUAAAUUUCUGGCUGUUUCUUAAGAGUAUCAACGAUGUGGACACAGCUCUGAGCUUCUACCAUCUUGCUGGCGUCUCUAUUGAUAUGGAAACAUUCCGCCAUGUUGCCAAGACUGUUGCAGGAAUUAAUCUCACUGAUCACGUCACCGACAUUGUCUUCACGUUAUUUGAUGAAAACAAUGAUGGCCAACUGAGCAACAAGGAGUUUGUGUCUGUGAUGAAGAGACAGCUGAUGCGAGGGCUGGAGAGACCGAAGGAUACUGGGCUUAUUAAACUGAUUGACGCUAUGUGGAAGUGUGGCGUGUCGCAGACCUCAACAUUUCUCGAUUAGAGCACUUCGUCAAAUGAUGCCAGCCAUGAACAUUGACACUAAUGGUGCCCCAUGUCAUUAAAUCAGUUGUAGUUUGGGAAACGUGGUCUGUGAAGGCCAGACUAUCCCUCGUCUAGAUUUGAGCUUGCGAACCCCUUUUUACUUUUAAGGUCAGUUCUGCAGCGAUGAAAAAAUAACAUUUUUCGAAAACGUGGUUUGUGGAGCCAGAUUAUCCCGUUUGCCUAGGUUUAAGCUUCCAAACCUCUUUUUGCUUUUAAGGUCAAUUCUGCAGUGAUGAAAAAGUAAAAAUUUUCGGAAAUGUGUUUCGUGGAGCAAGAUUAUCCCUUGUCUAGGUUUAGUUUGCAAACCCCAUCUUGCUUUUAAGGUCGAUUCUUCAAAGAUGAAACAUUUUUGAUUUUUUUUCUGGAAUUCCAGAUUGUUAGUGUCAUUUAAAUAUUGUCCCUGUCAUUCAUUGCAGUAACAUUCUGCUUUUUCCAGACCUGCAACUUUGUGAAGAUCUCAGAUUCUGAAUUCUUUUCAUGAAGUAAUUUCUUUAAUUGAUCUGAAUUUGUAUACAGUCAUAAUACAUGUGAAGUAUAAUUUGUUUUCGAUACCAUUUCACUUAUCACGUCAUUUGUGAGGAUUUUUUUUUUUGAGAUAAGAAUGAAUGAAAGGAGUUAAUGAUACAGAACAAACUAUAAUUAAUUUGAUCAUUAGCAGUUCAUAGUUUAGCAGAUUUAUACUACUAUUAUUUGAAACUACCUGCAGUUGACAACAUUAUCUUUUAAUAUAUUGAAUUUUGAUUUUUAAAUAUUUAUUUGUCCGAUAGUUCUGUGGACUUGCAUUUCUGGCUUUGUAUUAAAAAUUUAUUAACAGAAAUUGUCGGCUGCAUAUUAUUUUGUCUUCAAUUUAUAAAACUGACGUUUCUAUAUUAUAUACAGUUAUUAUAAUAAAAUCAUAGUGUGCCUUUCACAUGUAGAGAACUUGUAAAUAAAGUAGAUUUUCCUGCAGAUAUUUAUUAAAAUGCAUGUGGUACUGAAUCAAAAUGCAUGGUUUCUUCUUCUUUGUUUUUAAUAAUGGUAGGUCAAAUUUCUGUCCAUCCCCCUAGGGUGCCACACACAAGUUGAAGUGACUUUUGUUUCCACGUUUGUCUCCCCCUUAACUAUAAGACCACACUACAGUAAUUAUGCUGAUUUAUCACUGGUAAUGGAGUAUAAUUUUACUGACUGAUGGUGUUACUUUGAUGAAACUAAAUGUGUUAUUUUUUACCCAAUUCCAAAGUAAUUAAAGACUAGCCUGUGCAUGAAGUUAUAUUGUUGAUACACCACACUCAAUGGUAUAGUGUACUGACACAUUUUAAACUGGAAAGGAUUCCAAGAGGUACAUGUAACCCUUGUCACAUCGACCACUGAAUGUCUUUUGAAUUGAUUCGGUUAGAAGACAGUAGAAGCUGUGGAAGCUCUGCCAUUGCCUUUAUGUAGGGUCACACAUACGUGACUCGUUAUAAAUGCAUAGAACUCGAACCAAAUAAACGGACUGGCUUCAAAUUGAACUGCUUCAUAAUUAAAUUGGUGUAGCCACAACUGGUAAUAACUACUGAAUGUGUAUUGAUUCACUUUGGCCUUUUGAUGUUUCAACUUUAAUGAAUAACUUAUUGGCUUGAGGAGUCUUCCAUUUAAGAAGUACUAUAUGCACAUGUAGGUGAUGCAAGAUUUCACUUGUAUAUGAAAUCGUUUCUUUAAAUAACUGCACAAAUUGUCAGUGCUUAUUUAUUUACCUUAUUUAUUUGGCCGUUCAUAACCACAGUAGUCGAUAGUGGUAAACCUAGUGGUACAAAUUUGUUAAAAAAAAUUGUUAAAUGUUUUGUUUUGUCCUGUAAUAAUUAUCAUGGAUUUGCUGACAUUGUAAAAUGUGUAAGACUAAAAUUAUGUGGUGAAGACAUUUUCUUGUUUAGCAUACCAGUGUCUGUAUAUUCGAUGCAUUUCUGAUUGUACUCAUGUUUGCAGUAACUCAAACUUCAUUUUGCAUCCUAAUAUAAACUUUUUUAAUAUACUAAAGUAUUUAGAGAAAAAAAAAUCCAGUUUGGGUUACUACAAACAAACACAAACUGAAUACACGACACCAGUAUUCUAAACAAGAAAAUGUAUUAUAUAAGUAUUUUAGUAGUUAAAGACCUGUUGUAAACAUGCUACAAAGCAACAAAUUAAUUAAUUACUCGUUUAUAUAAUGUUAAUAUGUGAUGUAAAUUGUUCUACUUUUAAAUUUAAACAAAACACUAAAAAGAGAAAAUAAACAUUUGUAUACCACAAAUAUAA